AUGUUGCGCACGUGCGUCAGGAGACUCGCCACGCGCGCGGGCAUCGCCAACGAUGACCUCGCGCGAAAGGCCAUGCUCGAGCCCACCACCGCCGCGCGCGUCGGCGCGGAGCAGUACUUCCGCGACGCCGAGCGCGAAGCGCUCGAGAAGCGACGCAAGGACAUGAUGCACAGGGUGAUGACGGAGAAGAAGGAACAGCUCAAGGCGGCGGCGAUCGCGGCCGGGACGUGGGAAGACCCGGACGCGCCCCCGAAGAAGGUGCCGUUCGAUAUCUCGGACGACGCCAUCCGCGGUGGGCUCAUGGCGAUCGCGGCGUUCGCGACGGGCGCGGGCCUCUACUUCUCGUGA